AUGCAGGCAGAUACAUUUCACCUACUGCAGAGCGAAGCCCCGCCCAUUGAAUCUUGGGACGACGAUGGAGACCUCCAAUGUCUCGACGACAUACAAUUCCAUGCCAUUUCUACUACAACAUCCGUGACCGGCUCCUUGUUUCGAUCCGGCCAUCGUGAUUCCAUUUCGUCGCGCCGCUCAAUCCGUUCCGAUGUCGAAUCCAAUGCCGGCGAUGAGGACUGGCAGUUAUUACUCCGAGACAAUGAUGAAGCAGGAACCGAAGAGGCGAUCGCCUCUGCACGCAACGCCGGCAUACCGAUACCGAACAAUGUACCCAAAUCGGCCCUUUUGUCAGGCUCAAUCAAGAAAUUACAGUCGAAACAGAAUAAGAAGAGCAUCAUUGAUGAUUGGUCGGAGGAUCUUGAGUUUCCAGAUGCCGAUGUGGAAUUGUCUCUCAAAUCGAAUGGACAAGAGUCAUUUCCAGAAUCCAUACAUCAGAUCCAUACUCCGUUGAUGGCGAGUCCGGCAAAGACCAGAGAUUCUGCCGAGAGCCCAUUCAGGGUUGUGGAAACUACUACACCUCAAUCAACAACCGAUGCGAAAGAUACGAUUCAAGGUCUCGGAUUUCACGACAUCAAACAAGAAUCACAAGAAUUACCAACAACUACUACAAACAUUCUAUCAAACUUGAACCUGCCGCAUACUCCUUCUAUUGGCAGUCACUCUCCUGCUGUUGGAGUCGCAAGAGAUGUAGACGAUGACUUUGAGAAGGAUUUCGAGUUUCCCACUCAGGAGAUGACUCUUAAGCUUUCUCCACCGCCCAGUCUGCCAACCAUGAUACCUAGCAUCAAUGAUGAUAUCUGGGACAUCGGUUGGGCAGAUGGAGAUGGUAAUGGACGCUUCGGUGGCGUAAAGCGAGAUGGGCGUUCGACACACAGUUCAUCGGUGUCGGCAUUUAGUCCCAGUGCCUCUAGCUGCCUUACUGCAGAAACUGAAGAUGACAUUCUAGAUGGACUGAUCCUGCCCGAUGGACCGUUCAAUUUUGAGGACAAUCUUAAGAAGAGAAAAGUCCUUCGACCAGAUGCUGAGGAACCCAGUCCCAAAUCCCAGCCACCCUCCAACAACCACAAAACUUCCGCAAGCGACAACUUCUUUGAUGAAUUGGAUGUCGAUGAUGGAAGUGUGUUUACAUCACUGAAGGCGAAUGUGAACCGAAAUGUCAAACGCAAAUUGGAUGCUCGUCCAAUAACGCCUAGUCGCUCAGAGAAAACGAUCACAUUCACCAACAAGGCACCGUCCGUUGGGACCAGAAUUCCACGACUCUCUAGCCAUAAUAGGAGCCGCCCCAGUCUGGAGCCCGUCGCUGAAAGUGGUAACCCUCUUACUCAAUUCAGGAGACCGCAAUCCCGCCUCGCGGCGCAUAGCAACCGAAAUUCUAUCGAAAGUAUACAUACAUCUCCUCCAGUUACUCCAUCGUGUGGUCGAAGAUCUCUCGGUGGCCGGAUUUCAAGAGAAGGCAUGAACAGUGACCGUGAUCUCUCCUCGAGUCACGCACAGCUUUUAAAGUCAAAACGCUCGGCCCCCGCGAUACGUGGACCUGAAGAAUCAGCGUCCGCCGCACCUUUCCAGCGACCAUCGUCGAGGCAAGAAAGCGCAUUUAUGAUCCCUAGUUAUGCUAGACCAAAGACCCCUGUCGAUAGAUCGACGGAUUCGAGACUUGGCAGCCAUCGAUCGCAGGCACCUUUUCUACCUGCUGGUGCGUCACAAAGCCAGUCUCAUCAUGCAAGUCUCAAGUACUCCCGGCAUUUCCGUCGAUCCGACUCAGAGACGUCUCAAGAUUCUACUAUUGGACAAAAGUCGACCUCCCGUCUUUCACAUAAUCUACGCUCCGACACCCACGGACUCCAUCAUGUCCAUUCCGCCAGCGAGGGCUCCAAUAUUGUGGUUAAGCAUCCAGUGACCCGACCGACCCGUCGGCGAAACUACGGAGACGGAAACGAACUAGAAUCUUUUGAUGAUCUGCCGACAUCUGCCAUUGCAGAAAGCCAAUUUAUCAAAACUCCGGUAGGCCAUGGCCCCCCCAGAUCUGUACGAAGCCGACUGGCACAAUCUCCAACCGCCUUACGUACCGAAACGCCAGUUCCUACCAUGACAUCCAGCGCCCCUUCUCGGCCCAGCUCUUUCAAACCUCGAUUUGCAAGAGAUACCAAUGCCUCAAGAAUUGCACGAGAGCAGAGGAUCGCCUCACUAUCUCUACCUUCACGAAACCGAGAUAGCACGCCUCUCGCUCCUUUGAGCACCAAUUGGAAGGGACAGCAAACUCCCCGACAACCCGAUUCCAUGCUAAAUGCAAGAAGCAAGAAGGGCAAGGCAUCCCGGCCUGGAGGAUCUAAACCACAACUGAUCAAACCAAUGGGGGUUAGUGAAGCAAAGAAUGUCCAAGGUAUGCAAUAUAACCCCAGCACCUACCGAUGGGAAGGCAACGAAAAUGAAGUUGCGGAGUUUGACUCCAUCAACAUCCCCAAAUCUCCCAAGGUAGCGCCAGCACUUAUCACAAGCGUCGGAACUAUCAAGGGUGCCCAAGUUGUUGGUGGCAUGGUCUUCGAUCCUCAACGGAUGUGCUGGCUCAAACUUGCGUCCACGCAACCCGGCGCAGAUAAGGUGGCGGUCAUCCAUGACGAGCUUGAAGACGUCUUUGCAGGGUUAGAGGACCUUCAGGAAAGGCCGGGACCCAAACACCGAAGAAACAUCUCGGAAGCAUCUGUCCCAACAGAGGUCUUUGACGAUCAGAGCGGUGAUUCAUCAGAGGAAUGGCCAAUCACCGAAGAGUUUGACGUAGGUCCUGAGUUUGUCAAACGUCAGAGAGCCGAAGAAGACAGAUGGAAACGGAAAGUGAACAAAUGGGUGUCGUCUGAACGGCACAAGCUUGGGGAUGGCUGGCGGUGGGCCAUUAGGGAUUUGGUUCCUGGUGCGAACUGA